CGGCCACCAGGGGGCGACACAGACGCCACAAACAUGCAGAAUAAGACUGAUUUCCAGAGUCUGAGCUGCUUCGCGCUUUGUGAAGUUUGACCUCCGCGGCUGCCGUCUAAACAAGAUGGUGCUGGAGAAGAAGAGCUCCGCCCGGGUGGAGGCGGGUCAGCGGAGGGUUCUGGAUGAAGCGACCCGGCAGAGGAGGCUGACCCGGCAGCUGGAGGCUCUGGAGAAGGACAACUUCCAGGACGACCCCCUGUCCUCGCUGCCUCCCCCGGGUCCAACGGCCCGUCUCCCAGCCUUCAGUGAGACAGAGGAACCAGAGAAGAAGAGGAGGAAGACGAGGGGCGACCACUUCAAGCAGCGCUUCAGGAAGAACUUCACCACGCUGCUGGAGGAGGAGAACCUGUCGGAGCGGCCGGAACCAAACUACCUGUCGGCGGCGGCCCCGCCCUCCUCGCUGCCGGCGCGUCACUUCUGCUGCGUCUGCGGUUUCCCCUCCCACUACACCUGCACCACCUGCGGGGGGCGCUACUGCAGCAGCAGGUGUCUGACCACCCACAGAGAGACCAGGUGCUUGAAGUGGACCCUCUGAGGACGUCCUGUCCAGAACUCUUUGGACCCAGCGGUCGGUCAGAACCCCCACUUGGACCGGUGCUGAAGAUCGGACCUCCUGUUUGGACUGUUCUGGCGUCAUGUUGGACUUUUCUGGUUCUGAUCAACAAAAGGACAUGUCUGUGUGUGCGGCGCCGAGCUGGAUGGACUCAGAAUCCAGCUCUGGUUCCGUCUGCUCCAGAACCAAAUGGAUCCUGCUGUGGUUCUGAUGUGGUUCUGAAUAAAUGUGGUUCAAACAUCCCA